AUGGAAACUGGAAGUAAAAUAAGAACAGGCACAUCAAAGGGAGGGGUUCCAAAGUUUUUAGGAAAAAGAAUAAAACAUAAAAUGGUAGAUAAUGAUGGCAAGGAUGUAUGGUAUUCAGGGCUCGUGGUUAGUGUUCUAGACGACAAUGAAUUUGAUGAAGAGUGUGAGUUUCAGAUACUAUAUGAUGGAUAUGAAGAUAAAAACUUAGGUAGGAAAGAAUACAACAAACAAAACAGAAAAGCAUUAAACAUUGAUCAUGAUUGCAGAAGAAAAUAUGCUAGAAUACAGAAUUGUAAGAAAUUUGAUUGCCCAGCUCAACUUAUCAUAACAGAAUACUUAGAAUUUCCAGAAUAUAAACUUAUAUUGGAUACUGUCAGAAAUAGAAAAGCAAAAUCAAAAGAGCUACGAUAUGCGAUAAUGUUAUCUAAGAAAAAAAUCUAUCAAAUCAGAAAAUUUUGUGUUGCAGUACCAGAUAUUUCAGCACACAAUGGUCAUAUAAUUACCAAGGAUGCUGGUAUAACUCAGAGAAUUGACCCUGAACUGGUAUCUGCUAUUGACAUGUAUGUUAAAGAAGAUGUAUUGAGCACAAAAGAAAUGAAGCGCUUAUUAAAAAUCCAAGUGAAAAACAGUUUCAGUAAAGUCGGUCAUGUUCUACCAGAAUUCUCAAAUAAAAGAUUUUAUCCCCGUAAUUCCACUAUCCACAAUCACAUAACAAUUUCUAGACGAAAAUUAAGUAAAUCUCUUAUUGAUCAAGAAUGUCUUCAGUCAAAAAUUAAGGAAUGGAGAGCAUUAGAUCCUACUAUAAGUAUAUUCUUUAGACCUAAAGGGCAUUUUGAAAAAGACCUUACUGUAGACAGUGACCAUGAAGAUGAUAAUGUGAAACUAACAGGUGCAAGUGAAACCUCUUUGCUCUUUGUCUAUCAAAAUAAAUGGCAGAAGAGGCUGUUAGCUAAAUAUGGUAAUGAACUAGUUUUAUUGGAUGCAACAUAUCGUACCACACGUUAUGCAUUGCCGCUUUUCUUUUUUGUGGUAAAAACCAAUAUUGAUUAUCAAGUGGUUGGAUUAUUUGUAUGUGAAAACGAAACUGAGGAUUCAAUCAGUGAGGCUCUUUUGUAUAUUAAGUCUUGGAAUAAUGACUUAAAUCCAAAGUAUGGAAUGUCAGACUAUUGUGUUGAAGAGAUUAAUAGUUUAGAGAAGGUUUUUGUCGGUUGUGUUGUAUUCAUAUGUGAUUUUCACAGAGAACAAGCGUGGGACCGUUGGCUGAAAACAAAAUCUAAUGGCUUAACACAAGAUAGGUUAAAGAUCUUAUGCUUACUUAGAAUGAUAGCACGUGCAGACACAGUUGAGAUAUGUGAAGCAGAAAUAAAUAAUUUGAAAAACUGUUUUUAUUGGAUAAAUAACAAAGCUCUAAGAGAAUAUUUAUCAAGAUAUUGGUUACCAAUAAAGCAUGUAAGUUUUUAUUUGUUGAGAUUUGAGAGCUGAAUGAAACCUGCAAAUGGAAAACUGUAUAAUUUUUGUUUGCUUUUUUUAUCUCU